UUUUUAUGGAAAAUGGAAUUGAUUUUUUCGCUUCGUGGUUUGGUCUUUCAAAAAUUGGAAUUAUAACUGCUUGGAUUAAUACAAAUUUAAAAUCAGAGCCUUUAGCUCAUUCUAUUAGAGUGGCAAAUUGUAAAGCUAUUUUAACUACAAGGACAUUAUUUCCAGUCCUUGAAAAUGCUCUAAAGAAAGGUUUAUUGCCAUCAGAUUUGACCUAUUUUGUGUUGGAACGUGGAUUACUUUUUGAAUAUAAAUGGGUACGAAAUGAAUGUUUUAUUAGAGAACAUAGAAUUGAAGAAAUUGAAAAACCCAAAAUUCCUUCAAAUUUAAAUUUUCAAAGUAUUCUUUGUUAUAUUUAUACAAGUGGGACAACUGGAAUUCCAAAGGCAGCAGUUAUCAGGCAUUUUAGAUAUUUUAUGAUGACUUGUUCAUGCGGAAAAGCAUUUUGUAUUAAACCAACAGAUCGUUUUUAUAUAACUUUACCAAUGUAUCAUUCUUCUGCUGGAAUUUUGGCUACAGGGCAGGUUUUGACGAAAGAUUGUAAACGCUUUGACUGUACAAUUUCUCAAUAUAUUGGGGAAAUUUGUCGUUAUCUUCUUUUACAGCCUUAUAUUUCAGAGGAACGAACACACAAAAUUCGGUUAAUGUUUGGAAAUGGACUUCGGCCUCAAAUUUGGGAACAAUUUAUUGCUAGAUUUGGAAUUGAAAGAAUUGGAGAAUUUUACGGCAGCACAGAAGGAAAUUCAAAUAUAAUAAAUGUUGAUAACCAUGUUGGUGCUUGUGGUUUUAUGCCUUUAUAUAUGACUUUUGUGAGUGGUCUAUAUCCUCUUCGCUUGUUGCGGGUUGAUGAAAAUGGACAACUUUUACGUGAUGAAAAUGGAUUUUGUAUUAGAUGCAAACCUGGAGAAUCUGGAGAAAUUGGAGCCGCUGUCCAUCCAAACAAACCUUUACUUCGUUUUGAAGGUUAUGUUGAUCGUUCAGCAUCAAAAAGUAAAUUGAUUGAAAAUUGUGAUCGAAAAGGGGAUACAGUCUUUGCUAGCGGUGAUAUUUUGUAUUGGGAUAAAUUUGGAUAUUUAUAUUUUAAGGACAGAAGAGGCGAUACUUAUCGUUGGAAAGGGGAAAAUGUAAGCACAACAGAAGUUGAGGGGUUACUCCAUUCUGAACAUCAAUUUAUUGUUGAUACGUCUGUUUAUGGUGUUGAAGUACCUGGAAGAGAAGGACGUGCAGGAAUGAUUGCUAUUGUGUUGCAAGAUGGAACUGAUAUUGAGGAAUUUACAAAUAAAUUGGCAGUAAUAUUUACUGAACAACUUGCCUCUUAUGCCAUACCUGUCUUUCUUCGAUUUUGUGAUGGAAUUGAAAAAACGGGCACUUUUAAAUUAAAGAAAGGGCAGCUACAAAAUGAAGGUUUUGAUUUGGAAAAAUGUUGUGGUAAUCGUUUAUUUUAUUGGGAUACUUCUUUACAAAAAUAUAAAGAAUUGUCUAAAGAAAUACAAAAAGAUAUUGAAUCGGGGAAGUUUUCGAGUAUUUAA